UGCCACGGUGAGGCUCUGUGAAAUCAGGAGGUGGGAGGAGCAUGGGGGGGCAGUCUGCUGAGGCAAUGUGAAUGGGCAAUUCUUUCUUGGGCAUGUGAGAUGGAAAAUUAUCGCAUGUAUGAUUCACGUCCGAACCUCAGUGGCGAGAGCUAGACGGCAGCCCCUCCAGGUGUUUCCAGAGCCUCGGGCUCCGGGUUUAGCACACCAGCUCAAGUCCUGCAGGGGGAAAAGCAGAGGAGAGUCCCUAGAGGUCUUGGCUUGAGCCUUGGAAGGAACCGGAAAUGACCCUGACCUUUGGCCUUCCCUCAGAGCCCAGCAAGAUGGCAGCCGCGAACGACGGGGAGGCGAGGGUCAGCCAACGGCCUUCCAUCGCCAUUGGCGCGGGCAACGGACGGGUGAAGGGCAGGCGGCGGGCAUGGCUGCUGUCGGGGGUGGUGAGCGCCAAUGUCCUGAUCCUGGGGUGCGCCCUGGUGAGCGGGAGUGCCUUCAGCGAUGUGAACGUCUCCCCCGCCGAGGUGCAGAUCUUCCUCACCAUCCUCCUCCUCCUCACCAUAGCCUGGAUGUUGUUCUACACGGCCUACACAGCUCACAGGGACGGUGCUGUGCUCUACAAGGACGGCCACGCCGGACCCAUCUGGCUCAGAGGGGGGCUGGUUUUGUUUGGGAUAUUCAGCCUGAUCAUGGAUGUCUUCAAAAUCGCCAACUACACGGGUUACACGCACUGCGACUCAGCCGUGAAGAUCGUUUAUCCUGCCGUGCAAGCUGUCUUCAUACUCGUGCAGACCUAUUUUCUGUGGUUCCAUGCCAAAGACUGUGUUCAGGUCCAAAAGAACAUAACAUGCUGUGGCCUCAUGCUGUUGCUGUCUACAAAUCUGAUGAUCUGGAUGGCCUCGGUCACAGAGGAAUCCCUGCAUCAGACCGACAUACCGGACAACAACACUGCAAGAGCUCUGGAGGACAACGACUGCCACUGUAGCCACUCGGCCUGUGAGAUUUUCGAGGAGGCCUACCAGUACCUGUACCCCUUCAACAUCGAGUACAGCCUCUUCGCCUCCGCCAUGGCCUACAUCAUGUGGAAGAACGUGGGCCGGCUGGUGGACGAGCACGGCCACCACCACCACCACCCGCACCCCAGGUUCCGCUUCCAGGGCGUGCUGUUGGGCCCCACGGCCGGGCUGGUGAUGCUGGUGGCGGGCCUGGCCACCUUUGUGGUGUACGAGGUGGACGUGAAGUCCAGCCACCCGGUCACCAAGUGGGCGGCGCUGGACAUGCACUACACCAUGAACACCGCGGCCGCCUGCCUCAUGUCCGCCAGCAGUCUGGGCGGCCUGGCGGUCUACUGGCUGGACAAGAGGGGCCACGUUUCGGGGAAGAACCCCACGCGGCUCCUGGACGUGGCGCUGCUGCUGGGCGCCUCCCUGGGCCAGAUGGUCAUCUGCUACUUCACCGCGGUCGCCGUGGUGGCCACCGGGAUCGCCGGGGAGACGGACGCGCUCAACCUGGCCUGCUCGCUGCUGACCCUGGCGCAGCUGUGCCUGCAGAACCUCUUCAUCAUCGAGGGGCUCCACCGGCAGCCGUUCGACGAGGCUCCCGCUCCCGCCGUGUUCGCCAACGCCCAGGCCCACGCCCUCGAAGGGACCCUCCCCCCAGCUGGCAUCGCCGUCAUCGAGACGAAAUCCCACUCGGUCGCCAUGCCCGAGCCCACGACUCAGCCUGGCCUGAGCCGGAGCUGGAAGAGAUGGGCUCUCAAGGAGAUAUGUGCCUUCCUGUUGCUCGGCAACAUCAUUCUCUGGAUAAUGCCCGCGUUUGGUGCACGCCCCCAGUUCGACAACCCGAUUGGUCUGGAAUUCUACAAGUCCACCAUGUGGGUGCCCAUCGUGAACAUCGCCUUACCCUUCGCCAUUUUCUACCGCAUGCAUUCAGUGGCCAGUCUGUUUGAGGUCUUUCUGAUCUCAUAACCCCCCCCCCCCCCGCCCCCUCCCCCCCGGAGCCAUAAGACAGCCGGACACAAACAACUGACCUUCCAUACACACAUGUAAAUAAGUCUGAAAAAUAAUAAUAAUUUGUAAAAUUACAUUUUACAUACCAAACGUUUUUUUAUACAACUUGUUUCGACACUGGUUUUGCAAAUACUGAAAAAGGGUUUGAAAUUUAAUGGAUGAAUAUUUCAUGUUUUAACUGAGGUCUGUUAUAAAUAUGAGUUACCUGAAAGUUCUCAUUUACAAAUAAUGUUAAAAAAAAUUAAAUGUCAGCUUGAUUGUAAACCGCACAGCUACUGAGAAAGAUGCCAGGGCUGCGGCUAAAUUAUGUUCUGUAUAUUUUGUAUCUUGAAACUCCAUUUUACAUAUGUAUAUAUUUUAUAUGUGUUAAUUGUAUUAUAUAAUUAACCCUGAUGAAUACAUUUUUGUAUGCACUUUUGAAAAUACACCAUUAACUGAAACUUGCACAUACAUUUUUGAAUGCACUUUUGAAAAUACACCAAUUAUACACCACUUAUAUAUACACCAAAUACACCACUUACUGAAACUUGCACAUACUCAUUCAUAUCACUGACUAUGUGUCCACAAUGUAUGAAGAUUUUCUGUCAAUAGCAAUAUUUGCACAGAAAGCUAUAUAUUAAAGUCGAAAUAAUGGCAUACAAUAUAAAAUAUACUACUUGCAGGUGGCUCAUUCAGUUAAGGCACAGUUUUUCUACAUGAGAGAGCAUUCCAAAUUGGGGGGGGGGAGAGAGGAGAGGGGAUUUGCAGUCCAAGUUAUGGGCGUGCGUGUGUGUGCAUAUAUACAGUGUACAUAUAAGGGUGGAUAAACCCUGUGUUUUCAACGCGUAAAGCUCGUUCAGGAAUAAUGGCAGCUGCAGCUGUGUCCUCAGCAGUGACCGAGUCAUCAGUGCCAGUUCAGCAGCUUCCUAUCACAAGCUUGUGACAGGCACAGUGAGCAAAGUGUAGCUAUUCAAUGACUGUUCCUGUUUGUUCGGGGGAACCUGGUACCUAGUGCAGGCCUCAAUCUCCACCUUUAUUUGUGCAGUGAAUAAAUAAGGUCUGAACUCUAUGGUUUGAGGCCUGGUCCACAUUAAGAUAAUGACAGAUGAGCCAGGGCUGUACAAGUUAAAAUUACUACUUGCCUCUGGUCCAUAAAAGGAUCAUGAUCACAAAUGUUGUAUUUCAUAUAUCUGUAUCACCUGUCACGAUGGCUAUUUUGAGAGAUGACUCCUUGUAAAUGUUUGAAUGAGUGAUUUGAUCUAUAAAUAAGAAAAUAUUUAACCAGA